CCUGAGUCCAAGGCAGACGCUUAACUGACUAAACCACCCAGGCGCCCCAACACCCAUAUUUUUAGGCACAGAGGAAAUUCUCUGACAGUCACCACUUCCUCCCAUUUAUUUCUAUUGUUUGGUGGAGAUAGAUAAAACCCCAUGACUUGCAAGCCUGCGAGAGGGUGUCUGUGGGGCCAGGCUGCUGUCGGGCACACAGGCAGAGCAAUGGACUGGGUGAAACGAAAGGGCCGCUGGGGCGAGAAGAAACCCAGGCUGGAGGGCAAAGAAGCAGGGAGCGAACACCAGCAAAUGCUGCCCAGUGAGGCUCAGGGGCACCGGAGGCAACAGCCCAAAGGCCACCCUCCGAAGCCAAAAAGGGGGAUUGUGAGGUUUCUGGGAGCAUUGGACAGAAAUAAAAGACCUCAAAAUGCCAUUCAUCUGACAGAAAUUUCCAAAGGCUUCUCCGAGUUGGUCCAGGAGGGGCAGUUCCUGGAAGCCUACCAGAGCAUCUCGGUGCUGGCGGAGGAAGGGCAGGGCUGCAGCCCCCGGUACGAGGUUUUGGCCCAGAGCAUGUGGCAGGUUGUUCAGCAGGCUCUGGAGGGCACUGGGCCCAGCCAGGAGCUGGAGCGGAAGCUCCAGGCCGUGCUGGCCACUGUGGACUGGACACAGGACAAGGACCAGAGCCGGGAGGCCGGCGGCCUCCAGGACGGCCCGGUUGCCACCUGGGCCGGUCAGCUGCAGAAGCUGCUGAGAAGUGACGCUGAGGCCCGAGUGCCCACCCUGGGCCCCAAGGACGCGCUGGACCCAUACCUGGAGAAGCUAGACAAGGCUGUGAGACGCGGCCUGGGGUCCCCGCGGGCGCGCCUAUUGGGGACGCGCCUCUGGGAGGCCUACAGGGUGUACUUCCAGGAGGCUCUCCUCAGCCGUCUCUUCGAGCUCAUGGACUCCUGCGGCACCAGUCUGAAAAGCCGUCAGGUCCUGUACACCUGGGGCAAGACGAACUUGUUCGGGCAGCCGGGCAGGGAGACACUCGUGAAAGCACCUCCCACCUCCCAGGAGCCCACGGUCUGGCACCUCUUGGACCCCGUGAUGUUUGUUACCUGGAUGUCCAAAAUGCAGAAGGAGCUGGUGGGGCUGAUCCAGGAAGAGCUGGAAAAGUGUCUGAAAAGAGUCCUGAUCCACGAUCGGAAAAAGUGGGCCCAGUCUUCCCACCCAACGUUUCUUGAAAUCUUCCAGCUGCUGGAAAAAACAAAUGCAGUACAACUCAUGGGACCUUCUAUCACCAGCCAGGUGCGAAAGAUGGUUCUGGAAACAUUUUCAGAGUUUCUGGGAUGGUACCGGGCGGAGGCUGUAGACAUCCUCCAGCAGAACGCCGCUGCCGCUGCCGCGGCCUUCCCCGAGGUGCACGUGCUGGCCAACUGCUGCAUCCUCAGGAAAACGUGGCAGGAGCUGAGCCAGGAACAAGUUCUGUGGGCAGACCUGGGCCCGGCUGUGCAAGGCACGAUCCAGGAUAUUGAGGACCACAGCCGGGACAACCUCCUGCCUCGAGUCAGGGCCUUGUGCCAGAGUCUGCUGAGGGGCCACUUUGGGAAGAAGGACAAGGAUCUGGUUGGAGCUCUGCAGUCCCUGUGGCAGGGCCUGGAGGGCUGCCCCAACAUGCACUCUACUCCCACGUACGAGAGAAUCAUGCGAAGUUUGCACAUGGUGGUCUUUGGGGAGUAUGUCCAGGCCCUGGGCAUGCACCUCAGGACGCUGGAGCCCGGGACAUGGGAGGGCCUCAGGGUUCAGGUGGAGACAGACACCAGGAAGUUGCACGACAUCUUCACGAAGCACGGGGACCUCGGCUUGACCAACCCACAGGAGUCCAUCAUGGGGAUCCUCCAGUCCAGUGAGAGCAAGAGCAGGGAGACUGUGGAUGACUGGCUGGCCUCCUUCAGGGACAGAUUCCCAGGUUAUUUGAGGUUUCAGUCCUCUAGGUUUCAGUCGUGCACACUCGUGGUUGCACAGACCAGGAGCUCACGGGUGCACAGAAGGUCUCCCCACUCCCCAGCAUUCAGGACCAGCCAUGCAGCUCUGUGGACCUGGACAAGGAGAUUGAAGUCAAGGGAAGCUACUGCCGCUGCUGCUGCUGCUGCUGACACCCCCAGCUCUGGACAAGACACCAGUUCACAGAGUGGUGCGGAUCCUGGUGUCGACACGUCUUAUCCUACCUUAUCCAGAAAGCACCGCUGUUAACACCGCCAUCUGUUCCACCAGGAGAGUCUGUAGCUGGUGGGAAUCCCAGGCUCACAGCGGAAGGCACAAGUUUUCCAAAAUCCUGAUUUCUGCUUGAGGGCUUAAAUUUUUAUCAUUGGCAACAAAUACUGCCUGUUGUUUACUUUGAAGCUGCUGGCUCACAUCAUUCAUUCUCAAGAAAAUGCCAUCAACAACUGAAUAGUCUGUCCAUUGGUCAUUCUUUCAAGGAAAAGUGGUACAGGGGCGCCUGGGUGGCUCAGUCGGUGAAGCGUCUGCCUUCGGCUCAGGUCAUGAUCCCGGGGUCCUGGGAUCGAGUCCCGAGUUGGGCUCCCUGCUCAGUGCGGGGUCUGCUGCUCCCCCUGCUCAUGCUCUUCCCCCUCCCCCAAUAAAUAAAAUCUUAAAAAAGGAAGCAGUGUUCCAUAGAACCAGUGGCUAGUUCAGCUUGUAACUCAGUCAGAUGCCCAGGUGCUUUUGCUCAGGGCAGCCACGUCUUUCACCGUGCACAAGGGCGAGCUAUGAACUGGGCUUUCCUUCAUGUACGAUAUUAAACAUUUGUGUACUCAGGGUUGAGAUUUAAUAAAAGUAACUUUGUACCCUUUUAUCAACACAUUUUAAAGCGAACCUGGAUUUUUUUUCUGUGAGUGCACGAUGGUGAGGAGGACUAGAAUUUGCUGUCGCUGCCUUGGCGUGCGCCGAGGUUCCAGCAGCUUUAUCCACCGCGGCUUUUGGGCCAUGGGUGUAAAUGUCUGCCUAGCGAAAAGGGCAACAAUGCUUUAGUAUAAUGAAGGAGUUUUGACCUCACAGGUCUCCUGAAGGAUCUCAGGGCCCUAGGAUUCCAGGGAACAUAUUUUGAGGUCUGCUGGUCUAGCUACGCUGGCUCUCCCUCUGCCCGUGUGUCUGCUGGAGGUUGACCUACCUGUAAUCGUUGAUAUUUGAUCAUUUCCCCCCAAUAAAAAUGACAAAUUCAUAUGGUUCAGAUA